AUGGCGUUAAAAAGAAAGAAAGAAAGAACGAGAUGUAUGGACCACCACACUGUGUUUAGUUGUGUUAUACGUUACGUACACGAUGGUGUUGACCGGAAUUCGUUUUCAUUAGUUUGUCGUGAAUGGUAUGACCUUGAUUCUCUGACCUGUGAACAACUUACCGUCCAACUGUUUUACGCCACCACACUCUCCUCUCGUUUGUCCAAAUGCUUCCCUUUUAUCAAGCGCCUAAAGCUAAAGGGAUUAAAGUACUUUCGUGCUUUACAUGAACCGCGUUUAGACGUCACUGUUUGGAUUAAAGAAAUCGUUACUUCCUUUGAUUACCUGGAGGGUCUUGACCUCAGUUAUGUGCAAGUUGGGGAUGAGAAUCUGGAGCUUUUGGCCAAAACUCGUGGUCAACAACUUAGGACAUUGUUGAUUUAUGAAUGUGAUAAGUUUUCCACGAAUGGAUUAAAGCAUAUAUGUCACCAUUGCAUUAAUCUGACAACUUUUUGUAUACAAAAUAAUCAGAUUUUUAUUAAAGACGCAGAAUGGUUGCACGAGCUGGCUUUGCAUAAUACCUGUAUAGAGAAGUUGUUUUUUAUAUACCGGUCUAUUAAAUUUGAUGUGAAUGAUCUGACACUUCUUGCAAAGAAUUGCAGUCAAUCUUUGAAAUGUGUGAACAUAACCUGCAAAUUUAGUACUGUGGAUCUUAAAAAUUUCUUUAACUCGGCUGUUAUGUUAGAAGAUUUCAAUGGUUGUAACAAGAGAGCCAAAAAGGAAGACUAUGCUGGUUUCAAAUAUCCUCCAAAUAUGAAGUAUAUGUUGUUUAAAGGCCGCACUUUGAAAGAUGAACUUGGACUCGUCCUCCCCUUUGCGCAUCAACUAAUAGAACUAGAACUUUAUCAUGUAAAACAAGAUGACCAAUGCUUUUUGCUUGAAAGGUGUCCUAAUUUAGAAUUUCUGCAUGUUAGUAGUGUUUAUGGGAAUAACGGAUUUAAACUUAUUGCCCAGAUCUGCAAGAAUUUGCGAACAAUUAAGAUUUAUGGAAAGUAUGUGUCAGACAAGGGUCUGAUUACACUGGCACAAGGAUGCCUUCAGCUGGAAGAAAUACAAAUCAGACUCCAAGAUAUCUCAGAAAAGGCACUGGUGUGUUUAGGUGCUCAUUCAAAGAACCUAAGAAGCUUCAAAAUGAUUUCUCUCGACAAGAAUAAUAGAACUGAUCAUAUUCCAGCGGAAGGGAUCCGAGCUCUGCUAAUUGGUUGCACCAAACUUGAAAACCUAAGGAUCAACCUUGAUCACAGACGUUUGACCCUUGUGGGUAUGGGAUAUAUCGGCGAAUAUGGUCAUGAGUUAAGAUGUCUCUCUCUUAACUUCUCAGAAUUAACCGGACUUGAGAUAUUAUCAAAAGGGUGCCCAAAAUUACGCUUGUUGACAAUAGAGAAGUCCGAGUUUAGCAAGGAAGAAGAUUUGAGUUUUGUGUUUGAUAAUAUAACUUCGCUAAGGUACAUAUACGUUUGGGAUGAGGAGGAUGAGCACUAUUUGACAACGACUCGUCCAGAUUUUGAACAAGUACUUCUCUAA